AUGCAAAUCCAGAGCCCUGUGGAAAACACUGGGGAAGCCCCAAAGCACCAUGCCCAGUGCACCGGUAAUAUUUUACCUUUGAGUAAUUGUCCCCAGCUUCAGUGCUGCAGGCACAUUGUUCCAGGGCCUCUGUGGUGCUCCGAUGCCCCUCACCCACUGUCGAAGAUCCCCGGUGGGCGAGGGGGCGGCAGGGAUCCUUCUCUCUCAGCUCUAAUAUAUAAGGACGAGAAGCUCACUGUGACCCAGGACCUCCCAGUGCACGAUGGGAAGCCUCACGUUGUCCACUUCCAGUAUGAGGUCACUGAGGUGAAGGUCUCUUCCUGGGAUGCAGUCCUGUCCAGCCAGAGCCUGUUUGUGGAAAUCCCAGAUGGGUUAUUAGCUGAUGGGAGCAAAGAAGGAUUGUUAGCACUGCUGGAGUUUGCUGAAGAGAAGAUGAAAGUGAACUAUGUCUUCAUCUGCUUCAGGAAGGGCCGGGAGGACAGAGCUCCACUUUUGAAGACCUUCAGCUUUCUGGGCUUUGAGAUUGUGCGUCCAGGCCAUCCUUGUGUCCCCUCGAGGCCAGACGUGAUGUUCAUGGUUUACCCCCUGGACCAGAACUCAUCUGACGAGGACUAGAUGCAAUGGAGGAGGCCACUUGGACCAGGAGCCACAGCAGGGGACAUGGGGAGGUUAGGCAGCCCUGGGGUGGAGGGGGCUCCACGCUGCUGCCAGGGGAAGGACGCUGUAGGGCUCAGGGUGAGGGUCUCCUAAUUGUGUUCUCGGAGUUGACUCGUUGAAAUGUGUUUUCCAUAAAGAACAGUAUAAACAUAUUAUCCACAUGUAAUCACCAAUAGUAAAUGAAGAUGUUUAUGAACUGGCAUUAGAAGCUUUUUAAACUGCGUUGUGUGGUGUGCCCCAGCCUAGGGGAGAGCAUUGCCUACUGCACGUAGCAAGGGGCUGUCCAGGCACAGGGGCGAGCCACAUGGAGGGCUGGCUGGUGGGCAUCACUGUAAGGCUCUAUCUAGUUCCCCUGCUUUGGUCUUUCUUGUUUUAAAGAUUCGUGUAUCUUUUUCUUUGCUCUUAGCCCAUCACUUUGGGGGCCCCUUGGGGGUGGCCUCCCGAUAUAUCCCUUGAGAUGUAGCUUUUUUUUUUUUUUUUUUUUUUGGACACUUCAUUACAGCCCCCCUCUCCAUAGGUAUAUACAUUUUGUCUUGGAGUAAGCAACACCAGUGUAUGGUUUGGCCCUUCUUUACAGCUUAGUGCCCUCCUGGCUUAGUCUGUUCAGUGUUAGCACUGCAUUCAAUAAAGGGGCAUUCGAGUUCCCUCCUGCCACGUGGACUUUUCUUUAGGGCUCAGGCUCCUCGGCUCAGUUCUUCUGCCAGCCCCAGGGGUUUCCUUCCUAGGCUUAGAGAGCUAAGAAAGCAACUCGAGGCUUGGGAGUCGGGGCUGGGUGAUACUUGGGAUGAAGUGAUGGACUUCUCUGCCCCUCCCCCCAUCCCCCAGGAGGGCAGGAAGAAGGGUGCAAGCGGCAGAGAAGUGGCCUGCAUCCUGGUUUUCACUGAAUAGCUUGUUCAUGAGGAAGAGGGGAGGGAGGGAGCCAGCAAGCCGGGAGCUGUCUGACCCAUCCAAGCUAGUGAACUGGGUUGGUCCUUUUGGGGAGGGGGGUUGGCAAGAGUGUGUUGUGUUACUGUGUCAAUAAACUGGUUUAAAGUUG